AUGUCUUUCGACAGACUCUCAUCACUCGAGUCGCAACCUACCACUACCCGAAGGCAGGACGAUCCGCAAUACAGAGAUGAUCCAGAGUUUCAAAAGUUCACCGAGUCGCUGUCUACCCGACUCUUCGAAUUGACCUCGAACAUCUCGCGACUCUCGAAUCAACUCUCGAAAAAGGACACCGAGAGAGGUCGGGAAAGGAUACAUGACUUGCUGGAGGAGACUAGAGAGGGAUUCAAAGAGGUGGGAGAUGGUGUCAAGAGGGCGCAAACAUGGCCAGACCUAAAUCCUUCGCAGCGAUACACAAAUCAGAAGCUCUCACGAGAGUUUGCCUCUGCCCUGUCCGAAUUCCAGGUAGUCCAGAGAAGGGCGAUAGAGAGAGAACGGGCAUCGAAAGCUGCACUCGAAGAGGCUCAGUCAGGCCAAUCCCCAUCGGCCGAGGGCGGUCAACAACGCCAAUUACUUGAAGAGCCUCGGCUCGCAGAACAAAGUGAGGUCGACUUUCAGGAGAAUUUGAUUAUCGAACGAGAAGGAGAGAUUCGACAGAUCGAACAAUCAGUGGGCGAAUUAAACGAACUCUUCCGAGAUGUCGCCCAUCUUGUUCGAGAUCAAGGCGACAUGAUCGAUGCUAUCGAUAUCAACGUCGAGAAUACGUUGACGGACACGCGGGGAGCCGAUACAGAACUCAGAAGCGCAAGUCGGUACCAGAAGUCGGCCAGAAACAAGGCUUGCUGUUUGCUAGUAAUCUUAGCGGUUGUCCUGUUGAUUGUGGUUCUAGCUGUUGUUCUGGGAUGA